AUGAAGACACGUUUGAGUUUAUAUGCAAUUGCUAACAACUUUCAGUUUACAGUGAGUAAAUCUUGCACGAUUAAGUAUGUACUCAAUUAUUUGGACAAAAAUUGCAAAUGGAGUUCAAGGGCUUCAAGAGAUGGAAGGACAAGCAUGUUUCUUAUUAGAAGACUCAACAACAUGCACACAUGCUCAGUAGAUAUUAGAAUGGAAGAAAAAAGGGAGGCAACAACUUCCAUUGUAGCAGAGGUGACAAAAUCCAAGUUUUUGAAUGUCAAAACAAUUUACACACCGACAAACAUAAUUUUAGACUUUGAAAAGGAAUAUGGUGUAAUUUUGAAUUAUAAUAAAGCUUGGAGAGAGAAGGAAAAGGCGCUUGGACUGAUUAGAGGUAAUCCGGGUGACUCUUAUGAUGUUUUGCCUAGUUAUUUUCACAUGAUUUUGGAAACAAAUCCCGGAUUAGUAGUUAACAUUCCAACUUCAAAAGACAAUAUAUUUCUAUAUGCUUUUAUGGCUCUUGAUGCUUCUAUAAAGGGCUGGAAAUAUUGCAGACCGGUGGUUGUAACAGAUGGUACUUUUUUAAAAUCAAAUUAUGGUAGAACUCUAUUGACAACAUGCACACAAGAUGGAAACAGUAAAAAAUUUCCUCCAGCAUUUGCUAUUAUCGACUCUGAGAAUGACGCUUCAUGGGAAUACUUCUUUCGAGAGUUUAAAGAAGCUUUUGGUGAAAAGGAUGAACUUUGUAUCGUAUCAGAUAGAUGUGAAAGCAUUUCUAAGGCAAAAAAAAAACAAGCUGUUUCCUCAAGCAACUCACGGGAUAUGUAUGUUCAACUUCUGAAUAAUCUGAAAUCUAAAUUCAAGAAUAAAAACAAUAAGGUCAAAGAAUGUUUAUAUGUUGCUGCAAAGUCAUACAAGUUAAGAAGUUUGACUACCACAUGA